AUGGAUUUGCAUGAAUAUAGAAAAGCCAAAAGUCCACCGCCAAUUGGGUCGAACAUGAAACAUUUGGAGAUUAUAAAGAAUGAAAGUGAAUUACCAUUAUGGAAAGCAUGUUUGGCUAUCUUUUACAGCUCAUUAGAAUUUAUAUUUAGCUAUAGAUCGUUUCUACAACUCGAACAUAUUGCUGCUAAAAAAAUCCUAAAAGCUAGAGAGCUUCCUGAAACUGAGAAACUUACAGAAGACCUUCAAAUACCAUACGAACAGGUUCAGGGCGAAGAGUGUGUCACAAAAAAUAAGAAUAGCCUUCUUAUUUCAGAGAAAUUGGAAUUCUUUUCAAUUGAUUAUAACAAAGAAAAAAUUGAUGAGGAUAAAUUCAAUGUCACAGAUAAAAAUAUUUUUACAGAAAGAAAAUGGAAGUUAGAGUCAGAAAGGUUUGCCGAAAAUGUGCUCUAUGAGCUUGGAAUGAAAUGUCGAUACUACAAUCUUGUUCACUCUUUCAUACUCGAUUCUACAGAUGAGUUUAUUAAAAAUGCAUUCAAAGAAGAGGAGUUGUUUGAAAUAAUCAAAAAGGAGAACAGAGAUGAUCCAUUGGAAAUUGAUGAUGAGAUCCUCGAGUCAAUUGAUAUCGCAUUUUCGGAUACGGCAUAUACUUUUGUUGUUGGAUGCGAGAAAGCUGGAUUGGCUUCUUCUGAGAGAGAAAAUUGUUACAGAACUUUGUCAAACACUGAACCAAUCCAACGAAAAGCGAUUGGGAAAAAAGGAGACGCAUAUAUUAGAACUAUUGGGUCGAUAUCAAUGGACUGGGCAGCAUUAGAAGAUAUUUUAAUUUAUCUUGCCGGAAAGAUUUAUUUUGCUAAAGAAAAGCUGAGGAAGCUGAACAUAGUUGGCUUCGCUCACGCAGCUGGAUACAUUUGCAGAUAUAUGAAAGGAGAUCCACUAGAAGUUUAUGCUGAUGCUAAUAACUUUAGUAAAUCAUUGGACGUGCUAAUUGAGAUAAUAUGUGGCAAG